GGGGCAAAGGGAGAUAUAAAAGAGAAAUUCGAAUGCCAAUACGCCAGUAUUUUUAGUAAGUCGAACCAUUUAAAUCUAAUCGUUUACUGAAAGAUGAAGACCAUCAUAUUGGUGUCACUUUUAAUGGCAAUAUGCUUGCUUUCGGAAGUGCGAGCAGGAACUUGUAAAGGAUAUGGAGAUAAAGAUCUCAGCGUUGGAACACACUAUAUUAACUGCACUGCCGUUUCAUGCCACCCAAAUGGAAGUGUAACGAUGCUUGGGUGUGCAUCGUACCGAUGCCAAGAAGGAAAACAAAUCGGAUAUCGGCAAACGGAUUUAAGCAAACCUUAUCCGGAAUGCUGUGAAGGACCUAUUUGCGCGGAUUAAAGUUAAUAGCUGAAACUGAAAAUACUCGAUAUAAGAGAAAAAUGUUAAAGAAUGUUAUGCAUGGAUUAAUGAAAUUAAAUGAAUACAAAAUAUAAAUUGUAAAA